AUGCAUACCAGGGGCAGGUUUAGUCUCUUAUCUUCUGGAAUCUCGUGUCUCGUAUUUUAUGGAGAGCCGUGUAUACAACCAUUAUCUGAAGGUGAAGGAAAUUCCAAACUUGAACGUUUUUAUUUUGAUUCAAUAAAACGUCGUUGUCGCCCAUUUAUUUAUCGUGGAGCUUUGGGAAAUGCUAAUAAUUUUUUGUUUGAAAAUGAUUGUGAAUAUGUUUGUUCUGCAUUUAUCCAUCCAAAUCCCUGUUCUCACGGCCAUCCUCUACCUAUAGAUGAAUAUAAUAACAACCAACCCUUAGUUUGUGGCAAUAGUGAAUUGAUUGAUUUUAGUUUAUCCGAUGCUUCUUUAAUAUCUUCUGGAUGCCCUAGUGGUUAUUGGUGUCAUGUUGGAUCUUCUCCAGACACCACAAAUUGUUGUCCACAUACACCUACUAUGUCUGGCAGUAACAAUAAUGUUUGUGAUUUAAAAUUGGAAUUGGGUAAUGGGACGGAAAGACUCGACCGUUGGUAUUUUGAUUCUUCAGUUCGAAAAUGCCGUCGGUUUUGGUAUACAGGUCUAAAAGGAAAUAGAAAUAAUUUCCUUUCACGUGAACAUUGUCAACAAAUAUGUGAAGAUAAUACAAAUAUUUUAAUACCUGAUGAUAUUUUACAACAACAGGGGCAAAUUAAUGGAAAAUGGUUACCAAAAAUUUUAUUUUCUAAAAAAAGAAAUUUUUGUUUGCGAGGAGAGCCUUUAAUUAAUUCUUUUGAUGGAAAUUUAAUAAAAUGUGGAAGAGAAGAAAAAGAAGGGGAAAAUGAUAAAGAGGAUGGAGAAGAUAUUGAGAAUAAUAAUAAUUGCCCUAAUACCCAUUAUUGCCAUAUUGGAAAUUCUAUUGAAGAGAGUGGUUGUUGUCUUAAAUCUGGAAUUGAUCAUUGUCUUCUUCCAUUAAAUAGAGGAGUAAAUACUGGACAAUGGCAAGUUCGUUGGCAUUUUAAUGUUGCAACUGGUAAUUGUGAAGUAUUUGAUUAUGCCGGGAUUAGAGGAAAUGAAAAUAAUUUUCUUUCAAAAAAACAAUGCGAAAAAUCUUGUAUUGAGAAUAAAAAAAAUAAAAAGCUUUGUCCACAUGGGGAACCUAAAUUAGAAAGUAAUGGAAGAACUUUAGAACAUAAACAGUGUGGAUUAAAUUCUUCUGUUAAUACAGACUGUGGAGAGGGAUUUUUGUGUCAUUUAAACACUGAAGGGGAAAUUGGGAUUUGUUGUGAGGUAAUUUGUGGGGGGAAAUUACUAAAUAUUUAUUUGAAAGGGGAAAAUAAUCCAUGUCUUUUUUUAUCAGAAUAUUUUGAUGGGUUUAGGUCGACUUUAAUUUCAACCUUUAAGUAAAAACUUCUAUUUACUCCACUUAUUUUGAU